ACCAUCCCAUGUCUAGUCGGUCCCUGCUUGUGAACAUGACAGAUAACUUGCACCUAGCCCUGGUCUAAUGGUGGACUAGAGUGCAGGAACGUCUGGCAGAUGCUUUGGCAACGGGGGCAUCGAUACCAAUGGCUCAUUCCGGCGCCACAGGUUCAGAGGCUUUGAAUUGCGAAGCCUCUUUAAAGCCCGGCGAAGCACAAUGCCGAGGCUUGAAUCAUCAACUUCUUGACUUCCCUCAACUGCACCCAUCUCCAAUUGUUUCCCUGCUACUCCAAGCCUUUAUCAAUGCCUUGGAAGCCACGCUGUUAUACUUUAUACUACAUCGUUCGCGAUGGAGACAAAUGAUUUCAAAACGUUCGACGUGCAAGAACCACCUCUGCGGUGUUCUCACUUCUAAUGCACUUCACCCUGGUCCCUUCCAUGAUCUCGCUUUCGGCUUCUUCGUUUCAUUCCCAGUGGCAGGCGGUGAGGUUGAGAAGAUUCAUUGCACAUUGUCCAUUGAGUCUCCUGAGUGUGCACCAGGGAAUAAUAUCAGAUUCCACACGUCAAGACGAGAACGGUUCAUCGGUUUGUGGGGCCCAAUUGGUCUCAUCGCUAGUGAUGAAAGCCUAACUGCUCACCAGCCGAGAUGCGCCACUGGCGAAGACAGAUGAUGGCAUAUAUGUCGUCUGAGCGUUCUGCGCUGGAAUGUACUUAUGUCAAUAGGUGUCAAUGAGAUGCCGGUCCUGCGGUUCCAGAGGUCUCACGGGAAGAGCGUCUCUUGCAGAUUCGGAUGCAAUCUGGUAUCUUUGUGGGGUCGAGUACCUGAGCAUGCCAUCAAGAAUUUGGA